AUGGUCAGGGUGCAGUCAAGAAAAGAGCCAGUCCAAGCUAUAGUGUCUGUGGAUGGGCGGCCUGUGAGACUCCAGCUCUGUGACACUGCAGGACAGGACGAGUUUGACAAACUCAGGCCUCUCUGCUACACCCACACGGACAUCUUCCUCUUGUGCUUCAGUGUCAUGAGCCCCUCGUCGUUCCAGAACGUCAGUGAGAAAUGGGUGCCAGAGAUCCGAUGCCACUGUCCCAAAGCCCCCAUCAUCCUCGUUGGGACUCAGUCGGACCUCAGAGAGGAUGUCAAGGUCCUUAUCGAGUUGGACAAAUGCAAAGAGAAGCCGGUACCUGAAGAGGCGGCUAAGCUGUGUGCUGAGGAGAUCAAAGCCAUCUCUUACAUCGAGUGUUCAGCCUUGACUCAGAAAAACCUCAAAGAGGUCUUUGACACGGCUAUCGUUGCUGGCAUUCAGUACUCGGAUGCCCAGCAGCAGCCAAAGAAGUCUAAAAGCAGGACUCCAGACAAAAUGAAAAACCUCUCCAAGUCCUGGUGGAAGAAGUACUGCUGUUUCGUAUGAUGCUGGCAGGAAAUGCAGGAAGGCUAUUUUCAGAUGAAAUUGAUAUUAGAAGCUAUAUUAGCUGACGUGACUCCUUUGACUAUGCAGAACCUGUAUAGAGAACCUAUGACAGGCGGAGGUCUCCAUUUACAGUCUUUCUUGCCUUUGAUUUUCUUGUUCUUUGAGCUUAGGGAUGAGAUACUUUUUUGCAAGAUAUUCUUGAAGUAAAUGAAGCAUUUUUCAUCCCUGAAAAUGUGUGGCUCUAGACUUCUGUAUUAAUUUAUAUCUAAUAUGAAAGAGACCCCUCAGAUAUGGGUGUCAGGAAUGAAAUUUUGCUACAGAAGAGCAACAGAAGAAAUGGCGUGGUCAACCCUCCCCCACUUGCAUUAAGGGCUCUUUAAUGCAAGUGCAUUAUGUACUCAGGCCAGCUAUGGUAAGAACAACUCUUAGCUUUGAUACCCCACACUUAAAAACAUUUUUUUAAGAAGGAAAUACCUGAGAGAAAACGAGAGGCGUCUGCUUACAGAACCUCAAAUCAAUCACUCUUGUCAUAUACGGAUAUGCAGUUGCUUAAGAUUUAAAAACAACCAACAGCAAAGAAAAAUCCCAUUAAGUCUAUGGCAUUGUGUGGACCAAAAAGAAAAAAUUGUUUAUGGGGUUUUUCAUUCUUAUACCAGCUGUAGUUGACACUGUGUAAGCGUAGCUCCAGCACUAUCCAUAGGGAAUAAAACCACUGCUAAUCAUUAGCUCUUCAGUUUUCCCUGCGGAUUCGUAUUGAGAUCAGAAUGUUACAUUUGCUGUCAGCCCGCAUGUACCGAUCUGCCUAAAUCCCUGGUAGGUAGAGCACCAGGGCUCACCGAUCUGAAUUGUCUUUAAACUUCCACACUUAAAUUGUCCCAUCUGCAGAGAAGUGGAACACUCUUGAAAGGCCUGCAGCAAAAUGUUUGUGAACUUAAAAUGUACUUUUUUCCUGAAGUCGGCCGAAAUCUGCUGCUUCGUACACACACACAUACAUACGUAGAUACAGCUGUAUUUGUUGCUGACUUAGACUUUUAAACAGUUUAUGGGAAAAAGCAUAACCACCAAAACAGAAGUGAGGGAAGUUUGGCUUCCUCUUUCUGUUAACACUCUUUUGAAUAGCUCUCUUUUUUAUUGCACCCUAGAUAUGAUUUUAAGUAUAUCUUAGCACAUUUUUGAGAGCAUCUUAAAAUGAAACAUGAACAUCUCUUAAAGCCUGUUUUAAAAGGAAUGUCUCUUGAAACCAGUUAAAACAACCAGUCAAAUCCACAGAUGCCUUUCAGAGAGCUGGCAGCAGAAACCAGCUGAAUGUCAGAGGGGGUCAUGGGGCCUGCUGUGGCCGGCCAGGAGCCCGGUGUAUGCAGGGACCCAGUCAGAAAACUGCGCAUUUGUGAGACAUUCGUGUUCUCCCAGGUGGCAGUUUUUAGGGCUUAAUCUUCUAGAGGAAAAAGUGCCAUAUCAGAAGAAUAGUUUUACUCUGUGACGGUUUACUUCUGAAGUGCCAGAAGGUAGCCUAAUGCAUUAAAUCGUAAUGUCAGGCUUGCAGUGGGUGAAGCAGAUUUACCAAAAUCAAUAACUAGGAAAAUCUCUGUAGAGCCAGCAGAUAGAAGACUUUCACCUUUCUGUGGGUCUUGCUUUGUCUUUUUUAUAUUUAAGAAAGACCAAUUUGUGUUUUUCUAUAGGAAAAGUAAAAGAUCAGGUUAUACUUUAGAUUAAGGGCUUCUUGUAUUUCUGUUAGUAAAUAAAAUUAACUAAUACUCUUGUUCAAAAAUUAAAAUACAUAGUCUGUUUGUUUUUUCCAUACCAUUGAAAUUACCAGUCAUAGUUACCUGAAAUGUUUAGCUACAACCUGAGGUGAAUAAAAUUACUUCAUUUGUGGAAAUGCCCCGGACAGACCCAAUGAAAUGCAUUCCAAGUUUGCAUGCCUGGCCUACCUAUCUGUGGGAAGUCUGCUUCCAGACUGCAGAGGUGGGGGUGGGGGAUAGUUAUUUGACUAGUAAGUAAUUUUAAACAGUAUUUCUAUGUUUAAGCAAAUGUCAUGGAGUGACAAUGCAAAUUCAUUUUUAAGACAGAACACAAAAGUUGGAAGGUUUAUGCAUGUGACAGUGUUAUGUGGUCACUCUUGGUUCCCCUGGGAGGGGCUGUCCAACCCCUUUGCCUUCAGGGGUGCUGCUGGGAAGCUGUUCAUGAAGAAUGCCGGUGUGGCCGAGUUCUGAGAGCUUUCCUCAAGUGGUUUAUUUUUAACCCAGCUUGCUACAACCUGUACCAUUAGUGCUAAAAAUCUAGAGGGUUGACAUUUAAAGGCAACAGCUUUUAACGUGUUGCUGCAUUUUAUAGAAUAGUAAAGGUAAAAUUGUACUUGAGGUUUUCCUCCAUUUUUAUUUCUUUGUGAAAAUAGAGAUAUGGGUGGAACAAUUUUUAAAUGUGUGUGUUUGGGCUAAAUAUGAAGUCGAUUCACUUCAAACCUCAAACAUUGUCACACUUAGAGCUUGGUAUUGCAGAGGGUAUUUCAGAAGAGUUGUGCAUUAGAAAAUGCCACUUUUAUACUUCCCUGGCAGGGGAGACACUAGGAUAACAGAGGUGCUUUCCCCAGGAUGAAGGUUAUCCUCUGCACUCCAGAUGUGCCGAGCCCUGUGAUUUCGCCAAAUGUGGGAAAUUAGACUGCAUGAUUUAUGGUAGUGGGGGGCAAGGGAAGGAAAAAGAAAGAAAAGAAAGUGCUAUUUUAGCUUAACUUCUACAGUGUGGGCUGGUCACAAUUUAAAAAUACAAUAUACUCCAAAACUCUUUUCUCUUUUUACUGCGUCUGUGGAAAUGAACCUUUUGGAAUGUUCUUUGUGCUUGACAGACUCAAGAGAGCUACCCAGGUAUUCUACAAACCAAAACUAGACAAGGUCUUCUCCCCAGGUGGCUGUGACCUGGUGCCUUACCGAGUCGUGCUUUCGUUUUCAAGUGUAAAUGAUAUUGGGCAGGUCUUUGAAAAUGCUGUAAAUGAGGUGGUAUGAAAUAAAUUCUGACCUAUGGAUAUGACUGCA